CUGGCCUGUAAAAUUUCUGGCUCCGCUCUUUUCAUCUUGCUCUUCAACCUUUGUGCUCCCUCACUUGGUCCCUUAUUUAGUGCCUCGCUACCUCAACCCUCAAGUCACUUCUUGCUUCAUUCAUCUCCUUGUCCUUCUCGUUCUUGCUCUAACCAUUGUCUCAUCACCGCACGGGUCCAGGCAUCAUGGAGAGGCUACUGUUUACGCUACCUGUUUGGUUGGGGUGCUGCUUGGCGAUGAGGUGGAGUACUUGAAUGCUAGGGGGGAUCUCUAGGUUGAGGAAGACGUCUGUUUUUCACCAAAUCGAAACCGAUUUCUUCAUCUUCUUUCUUUUGCAGUUUUUGCAACAAACUCACACCUUCUCUUCCUGAUUGAAGUACUGCUAUCUUUUCCUCGUCGAGAAGAAGUCAAUUAACUCUUUCAUAUGUCUCUCUUCUUGAGAAACAAACAAAUAAAUAAAGGAUUAUCUGGGUAAAGAUCUCUCCCAAGAAGUUUGAAGCCGAAAGGCCUUGAGAGGUCAGAAAGAGCACAAGGGAUGAUGGAUCUUUCUGGGCAUGAAGGUGAGAUGACAAUCCCAAUAGCUAGUGCCUAUAUUGGUGGCGGUACUCAUGGCCACAACAACAGCAGCAUCCAUGGCAGCCUUUCCCUCCACCACCACCACCGCGACCGCCAGCAGCCCUCCAAUGGUCCUCCUCCUCCUCCCUCUCUAGUCCUACCCGUUGCCAGCGCCGCCGCAGAGGACCAUCACCACUGCAGCGCCCAGAAAGGCACGAUCAAGUACAGGGAGUGCCUCAAGAACCACGCGGCCUCCAUCGGCGGCAAUGCCACCGAUGGCUGCGGCGAGUUCAUGCCCAGCGGCGAGGAGGGCACCCUCGAGGCGCUCAAGUGCUCGGCCUGCGGCUGCCACAGGAACUUCCACAGGAAGGAGACCGAAGGAGAAGAGCAGCCUUCUCCAUCGGAGUACCUCCACCCGCUCAGCCUCAGAGGAAGGAAGGUGGUGGGCUACAAGAGGACCCAUCUCCUUCUCCCUAGCCCUGACCACUACCACCAGCUUGUCCCACGAGUCAGCCCGCACAGCAUGAUCAUGCCUCUGCAGCAGCAGCAGCAGCAGCAGACGUCGGAGUCGGAGGAGGUGGAAGUGAUAAGGCCAGCUUUGGUGGUGAAGAAGAGGGCCAGGACCAAGUUCACGGCGGAGCAAAAGGAGAAGAUGCUGCGGUUCGCGGAGAAGGCCGGGUGGAGGCUCCAGAAGCAAGAGGAGAGCGUGGUGCAGCAGUUCUGCCAGGAGAUCGGGGUGAAGAGGAGAGUGCUCAAGGUGUGGAUGCACAACAACAAGCACAACUUGGCAAAGUUGCAUGUUCCUCCACACCUUUCCAGUUUGAAUGACCACCAUUAAUUGCACUCACCAGUUCCUCCUCCUCCUCCAUCUUCCUUGCCAGUGCUCUCAUUGACUAGCUUAAUUAUUAUUUCUUUCAUUCUUCUCAUGGUAGAUGUUGAGCUUGGUAGAGAAUGCCAAAAACUAUUUUACUAUGUCAUUGUCACCUAUGCUGUGAUGAUUCCGCUGUUGUUCCUAAACUUCAAACUUUGCAUGGUAUUGGGCAGAAGUUUGUUAGAGAACUUAUUACGCCACUGUUAUCUGUGAUUUUGGCAGGAGUGAAGUGAUGGAUGAAAGAAGAUGGGGCAUGAGCUACUCGUUUAA